UAACUCAUUUCAUCAUUUGGCUCAACAGCGGAAUCACGGAAGACUGGAAGAGUAUGAAUCAGUUUAGGCAGGUAUUCAUGGAGACCAGUAGGGCUUAGGGUUCUUUCAAGAAUUUUUGGUCUUCGCUGCGCUAUAUAGCAAAGCAGAGACAGAUUCCUCCCUGUUCCUUCGCAGAGGAUCAGUUAUCUUUCCGUCUUCCCGCUCUUUUUGCGGCCUCAGAAGAAUCGGCGGCUACUAGCGAUCCGCCGUCAAAUUCCGACGAGAUAUAUCUGAAAGGCAAGAAGUGGUAUCUCUGAAAAUGAAGGCAUUGAUUCUUGUUGGAGGGUUUGGAACCCGCCUGCGACCAUUAACACUCAGUGUUCCAAAGCCGCUUGUUUGUUUUGCUAAUAAACCUAUGGUUCUGCACCAGAUUGAAGCUUUGAAAGAGGUUGGAGUAACAGAGGUUGUCCUAGCUAUUAAUUACCAACCUGAGAUCAUGCUGAACUUUUUGAAAGAGUUUGAAGAUAAGCUUCAUAUAAAGAUCACGUGUUCUCGAGAGUCUGAACCACUAGGAACAGCUGGUCCCCUGGCUUUAGCUAGAGCUAACUUAGUAGAUGGUUCUGGUGAACCUUUCUUUGUGCUCAACAGCGAUGUCAUCAGUGAAUACCCAUUCGCCGAACUAAUAAAGUUCCACAAAUCACACGCUGGAGAGGCUACCAUUAUGGUCACAAAGGUAGACGAGCCAUCUAAGUAUGGUGUUGUGGUAAUGGAAGAGAAAACCGGAAAAGUUGAGAAAUUUGUAGAGAAGCCUAAAAUGUUUGUGGGCAACAAGGUCAAUGCUGGGAUUUAUCUUCUAAACCCAUCGGUCCUCGACCGCAUCGAGUUGAAACCUACCUCAAUUGAGAAAGAGAUUUUUCCCAAUAUUGCAGCAGAUCACAAGCUCUAUGCCAUGGUUCUACCUGGAUUCUGGAUGGACAUUGGACAACCAAAGGACUACAUCGUUGGCCUGAGGCUUUACCUUGAUUCUCUUAGGAAGAAAUCUUCCCUGAAACUUGCUGUGGGUUCUAACAUAGUGGGAAAUGUCUUGGUGCAUGAGAGUGCGACGGUCGGCGAGGGCUGCUUGAUUGGUCCAGAUGUUGCGAUCGGGCCGGGCUGUGUGGUUGAAUCUGGAGUCAGGCUCUCUAGCUGCUCUGUAAUGAAGGGAGUUCACAUUAAGAAGCAUGCCUGCAUCUCAAGAAGCAUAAUUGGUUGGCAUUCAACAGUCGGCCGAUGGGCGAGGAUUGAGAACAUGACCAUCCUUGGGGAGGAUGUACAUGUUAGCGAUGAAAUCUACAGCAAUGGCGGCAUUGUUCUUCCUCACAAGGAGAUCAAAUCCAGCAUCCUUAAGCCUGAGAUUGUCAUGUAAAACAUGGCUAUUUGAAGCUGCAUUGGAAAGUAAAACAUUUGCUUUGCUUGUUCUUUAUCUGUUCUUCUUUGGUUUUCAAAAUAUUAUUGAUAUCAACAGGCUUUGGCAGUCCAUCUAGCUUGGUAUGCUCUAGUCUAGAAAUAUGUACAUGUAAGUUUGCCAUUGUAAAACAAUCUCACAUGUCUGUACAACCUUCUUCCUGCAGUAACUUCAGUGAAUAAGUACCAUAAUAGACAUAAAUUAUUAAAGCCAUGAUUUAAACUGUUCA